UCCACGCAGAGCUCUGCAGGGAGAGGUUGUGGCUUCAUUCUUUCCGCCAUCUUUAUUCUUUCUCACUGACCGAGACUCAGCCGGUAGGUCCUCAGAGCGGUCUUCCUGGGAAUUAGUUGUGAGUGAAUGUGUGGAGGAGCCAGCGUUAGGACGGGUCCCAUGGCAGGGUCCGUGGCUUCGAGGGAAAAGGGCCUCGUGGUCCGGCUUCUCCCAGGUCACGAUGCAGGUGCCAUUGGCCGGUAAUCGUGGCUGGGCUGGAACGAAGGAGGAAGUGGGAAAUAUGAGUGAGCAUGUAAGAACAAGAUCUCAAUCCUCAGAAAGAGGAAAUGAUCGGGAGUCUUCACAGCCAGUUGGAUCUGUGAUUGUCCAGCAGCCCACUGAGGAAAAACGUCAAGAAGAGGAAGCACCAACUGAAAAUCAGGGUAUUGCAUCUAGUGGGGAGAUGGAAAAUGAAGGAGCACCUGCUGUUCAAGGGCCUGAUUUGGAAGCUUUUCAACAGGAAUUUGCUCUGCUUAAGAUAGAGGAUGAGCCUGGAGGUGGUUCUGAUAUCAGGGAGGGGACUCUGCCCACUAUUGAUCCCACUAAAGUGCUGGAAACAGGUGAAAGGCAAUUAUAGGUUUAAACCAAGAUAAAUGAAGACUGAAACCAAGAAUAUUGUUCUUAUGCUGGAAAUUUGACUGCUAAACAUUCUCUUAAUAAAGUUUUACAGUUUUCUGCAA